AUGACCGGCCCGUCUAUUCAGGAUCGCACGACCGAGUUCAGCGCCAUUUUGGGCCAUGCCCAAAGGCGUCUGGGCACGUCGAAAGUCGGCUCGCAGCGCCAGGCAUUAUUGACAGACACCCAACGGCGCCAGGCCAACGGGUCGCCCAAUGGUGCACAAAACGAAAAGCGAGCACGGUCCGAGUUCGCGCGCAAGGCGGCAGACAUUGGACGGGGAUCACAUCCACCACAGCGAAGCUGCAGCGUGGCCAAGCGCAAAACCCUUUUUGACGACCGACCCGUUGAGAUCUCCGAAUUGACAUACGUGAUCAAGCAAGAUCUCGCCUCGCUAAACUCCCAGAUCGCAUCGCUGCAGUCACUGACCUUGUCACAACAUCCGAAGUCGAGUCGCUCGAAGACAGAUCAGGAAGGCGAGCAUAAUGACAACGUUGUUGUCAUGCUGCAAGGGAAGCUGGCAGAUGUCGGGGCCAGCUUCAAAGAGGUUCUCGAGGUCCGGACGAAGAACAUCCAGGCAUCGCGCACAAGAACGGAGAACUUUGUGUCAUCCGUAUCGUCCAAAUCGCAAACCGCACUAGACACGCAACGCUCAGAUUCUCCCCUGUAUAACACCUCAGGGCGACGGACGCCCCAGCCGGGAUACCAAGGCAACUCCUCCGACCUGUUGUCACUCGAUCCUUCCAAUCCAUCCCCGCUCGGCCGACCAUCGAUGCAGUCAGAUCAGCAGUUGCUGGUCAUGGAGGAGGCACAGUCGAGCAAUUCAUACAUCCAGGCCCGUGGCGAGGCUAUCGAAGCCAUUGAACGGACAAUCAGCGAGCUGGGAGGCAUCUUUGGACAGCUGGCACAGAUGGUCAGCGAGCAAUCAGAAAUGAUCCAGCGCAUUGACGCCAACACAGAAGAUGUGGUGGAUAAUGUCCAAGGUGCUCAACGAGAACUGAUGAAGUAUUGGACUCGCGUGUCCGGGAAUCGGUGGUUGAUUGCCAAGAUGUUCGGGAUUCUUAUGAUUUUCUUCCUUCUCUGGGUGUUGAUUUCGUGA